AUGGGUGACGAGACCCCGGUAACAGCAAUAGCUGCCGAGGUGGAACAGACAAACACAUUAGGCUCGGUUGCUAUUGCCAAUGGAGAUAGCACAGAUAAAUUAUCCAUUCAAGCUCUAACUAGUACCACUGAACCAGAAGUUAAGUCAGAAACAGAACCCGAAGCAAUUUCAAAUUCCACAAUACCAGCCAUAGCUUCAAUAGCAACAGCUGUACCUGACAACAAGGCCAGCUCACCUACGCCGACAGCCAAAAGACCCAAACUCCAGUCUCGCGAAGCAUCAGUAGAUCUUGAGGCACUCAGAAACGACGGACCUCCAGUGCAUGAAAUAGUUGGUGGUUCUUCCGUGAGACGUUAUUUGAACGAACAUGUGACCCGCCACUUACUUGAGGGGUUGAAGGAGGUGGGAAGCAGUAAACCUGAGGAUCCCUUACAAUAUUUGGGGGAGUUUCUCUUACAGAGAGCAGCAGAAGAGAGAAGUAGAAAGAAGUAG